AUGGAUCCAGGACCCGACAGCAAACGGCCGCGCCUCACCUCUUGGGCGGGUGCCGGGCCGCAGCCCACUACGUUGCCGCAUCCUCAUCAUCAUCCUCUUCCUCCGUCACCUCAUCACUCUCUUCCUCAUCCUUCUCACGCUCCUCAUGCUGCUUCCAAUCCCCAGCUACCACCGCCGCCGCCGCCGCCGCCUCCUCCUCCCCAAGGCUCAUCUCACCACCAUCACCACUACCAGCCAUACCCGUCUCGUGCCCCAGAGCUGCCUCCUCCUGCGCCGCCAGCACCGGCGUCGGUUCAUGGGCAUGCUCAGCAGCACCCUGAGAUUGACCGUCGACACUCCGAUCAAGAGAUUCUCGCUCCCAUGCAGGACCCGUAUCGCCAACCGCCGCCGCCGCCGCCCCAGCAUCAUCCGGGACCUCAGCACCCGGGACCGCAACUCCCGGGGCCUCAGCAUCCUAUGUCGCCCGCGCAUACUCCCUAUCACCCAUAUGCCAACCGAGAUACCAUCAUAAAACGAGAGCCUGGCGAGGAUCUACGGAGGCCCAACUCGACCGGCCAUGCGCCAGAGUCGCUUCCGCCGCCACCACAGAUGGCACCACCGCACCCUCAGCAGCAGCAUCCGCAACAACAUCCUCAGCAGCCACAGCAGCAGCACCCUCCGCCCCCAUUCCAAGAUAAUCCUCCGCCACGACACAUGAAUUACGAGAAUGGACCAUCGUUGCCCCCGACUCCCUCAGCCUACCGAGCUCCCAGCUUUCCCCCCCCUCCUACACCGAUGGCGCAUCAGUCUUCCUACGAACAGACCCCCAGCUACCAACCCGCGGAACCCUUCUACGGUGUUUACUCGACCCAGAAAAAGAAGAAUACCAGAGCUUCACAGGCAUGCGAUCAGUGUCGACAACUGAAAGCCAAGUGCGAUGAGACGAAACCAUGCAAAACGUGUAGAGAUAAGGGCACGGAGUGCAGAUAUCGCGACCCCGUGCCAAAAGCAACCGACAAAGCGCAAGCCGACAUUCUGGAUGGCAUCUCAAGCAUGCAGUCCACGCUUGCUAACCUUGCAGAGCGCUUCGGACACAUGGAUGACAGGUUGACUAAGAUGGAAGUAGUCUUCUCAAGGACGUCAAGCUUAUUUCAGCCUAAACGAGAUCCCAGCCAUGAUCCGGAGCUCAAGCCCAUGUCAAUACCUAUUCCGAGCUCACCACAUCCGCCGGACGAGUACAUGGCGAACCGAUCACCCGUGGAUGAAAUUUCCCGAGACCAGCCGGUACUGUCUACUGAAACGGUACCCGCAGAAUCGGUGCCAACCGAACCUGUAGCCACCACAUUCAUGGCCGAGGACGAGAUAGAGGCGGAACCUGGGCCUCCUGUGCCCCCAGGAGAGCCUGCAAUCCCCAUCAACCAUACUACUUUGGCCGGCCUUCUUCUUGAUUGGGACCCUAUCAGAGAGCUAACGCGGAACCACCUGGAGCGCGAAGGCAUCAAGUUUGUCAGCGAGUAUCCCAUCAGCAUAGAGCAGAACCGCGGAAUCUUGAAGGUAUACGGGCGAGGAGAAGACGCGCAUUUUCGAGUUUCCAGAGAGGCAACAGCUGAUCAUGGCAACGUUGAUAUGGGCGACGACAACAUGUCGGACAUUGUCUCCUCUUCUCCCGCUGCGGAUUGGGGCCAGCUAGGCGGUCUUAGUCCUGGCGAUCAGAUCGAGUAUCGAGGUGGCGUUCUUGGCUCUGACGGAAACCCGGAUUUCAGCGAGCACAAGAUCGCGCUCUAUUUCUUGAACGAUCUUCCCACUGCCAACCCGAAGCCAAAGCCCCAACCUUUGAAGUCGGCCUUCGCUGUCGCUCCGCCACAGCCACCUCCACCGCUGGAGGUCACGGGCUCCAAGAGAAAGCGAACUCCAGAGGCGGAUGGGCCUUCAACGCCAGGGCCUGUUCGUGUUGGGAAGCCGAGCCGCUCUAUCCACAGCGCGCUGGUUCUCAUCGUCAUUGCUCUCGGCAAGGUCUGCUUGCAUCAGGAAGAUGUUCCUGACGUGAUUUUCCCUGUCGACCCGAUCCCUCACGGGAGCCCAGUCAGUCGCAACGGAGUGCCUCCAUCGCCAACACAGGGAUCACCUCCGGGAUUCUCAUCACACUCUCAAUCCUCUGGUUUCCCCUCGCCUAGGGAUCAGGAACGUGGCUACCAGAGCAGGAGAUCAUCCAUCCACGGUGCCAGUGGUACUGUUCGCUCAGGGUAUAGUUUGAAAAAGAACUAUGAGGUUAUUCCUGGUUUGGAGUACUUUGCGUUGGCAACUGACAUUCUCGGAAACCACACGGGCGCCUACCAUAAUAUGAAGAAUGUCUACGCCAACAUUUUUGCUGGAUUAUAUCACGGCCAGCUCGCACGCCCGCUGGAGAGCUUUGCAUUUAUCCACAAAGCAAGCCACAAGCUGCAAGUCAUUAUGCGACCGAGCUUGGAUAAGCUACGGAGAAUAAAGACCAAGAUGGAAUUUAUCCAAGAAACAAAGUACAACCAGCUUGCGCUCGCCUUUUGGACGUGUCUGCAGCUAGAAAGUGACUUGAUUGCCGAGCUCCCACUGCCACCGUCUGGCCUUUUGCAGUAUGAGAAUGACAUGCCCCAGCCCAACAUGAGUCUUUUGCAAGGAUUCGAUCAACGAGUUGUGGAUAGCUAUCCCGCGCAGCUCUAUCUCCGGACGCACUUGAACAGCAUCCACCGCAUGUUUUACUCCCCGGAUGAUUCCAGUAAGCCCGAGGGCCUCAAGAACGUGGAGUUGGUGGCGGGUGGUGUCUCCGGAAUGCGUUGGGUCCCGGCCAGCUUCCGCUUCAAUGAGUCGGACCCCCCUGCACAUGACAUUCUGUCAGCGCGUCUGAGAGCCAAGUAUUGGGGAGCACAGAUGAUUACGUAUCGGCCAUUUGUUCGACAAAUCCUCCAGUGGUCCUUUGAGGUGAAACGUCACCCCUCGAGCCCCCACAUCCCUGUUAUGUCAGAAUACCGCGAUGGCAUCAUCGCGCCGUAUAUCCGCCCAGAUACCAAGAAACCAAGCCAACUAGAUCCUUCCAUCAUUGAGCUGGCUCGAAAGGGCAUUGUGGCUUUGAUUGAAAGCACCAAGUCGUUUCACGGGCUUGGGGAUAAGCGACCUAUUAUCACUAACGUGUUCGGCACGGCGCAUGCGCAAUGGGGCAAUCUUCUCGUUCUUUCAGCAGCCUUCAAAGAUCCCGUCUUGCACAAGUUUGUAGACGACGGGCUUUUACGCAACUUGUUUACCAAGACGAUUGCGUUCCUCCGGCAGUCGGCAACGCAUACGAGCUCUCUGAGGAUUGACAUGCACAUCUUGGAAGGACUUCAGCGAGACCUGUUUCCAACGGAUGGAAGAACAGCUUCGAGUUUCUCCUCCAGCAAUCCAAGCCAUCAUACCCCCAAGCUUCCGAUCGCAGCACCACCCUAUGCUAGCGAUCCUAAUAUUGCACCGCCGAUGGUGCCACAGCCACCGCCG